UAAAAAUUGCCGUUUCGUUAAAUGUUGUCGCAGCCAAAAACCCUAAGCCCUUUGAGUGCACAGACAGAGAGGAAGAUGGGAAAUACAAGCAAGGACCUUCUGCAAUUCGAGCACAAAAAGGCUUCAACUUCACCUUUAGAAAGCACGCUACUUGUCUGUAAAAAUGCCUCAACGAAGAAAGCCCAACCCGAAGGGAAACCCGGCCCUGCUCUUCCUCUUCCCAAAAGCCAAGUUUUGGGACAAGUAAGGGACUUCUUGGGAGUCAUAUCAGAAGCAAACGAACGACUAAAGCAGGAUGCAAAGGAUAAUCCAGAAAACUAUGAUAUUGAAGUGCUCACUGGAAAUGAAUCUCGAGUCGUUAAUAUGGAGUUGAUGCUGGGCGUUGCUGAUCUUCAAACUCCUGAGGCUGUGGCUGCUGCUGAAUCUGCAAUUGUUGGUUGUCAGCCUGUUAUACCAUUGGUCGUAAACAGUAGCGGAGAGGAAUCAGAGGAUAGCAGUGAUGAUGACAGCAGCAGCGAUGAUAGUGACGAUGAAGAUAGUUCCGAUGAUAGUAGCAGCAAUGAUAAUGACGACCAAGAUAGUGAUGAAAUCAAAGAUGAUACAAUUGAUAAGGAGGAUAAGAAAACAACCUCUCAUGCAAGACUCAAAACACGCAAGUCGGAUAAAGAUAAUUCUUUGAGUGAAGAUGCUGGUAACAAUCGGUCCCAAAAACGACCGAAAAUUGUUGAGCUCUCAUGA